CCACCUCCUCUCCGUCUUUCUCUUUCUGUUCCGAGUGUGAUCUCGCCUCGGCCCAGCAGACUGAAGAGCUGAAGAAGGGGGCUGCCACGGACCUCGCUCGCGUCUUUUUCUCGUCGUCCUCCUCCGUGAAGAGGGACUUCUCGCCUCACCCUGCACGAUGUGGAAGCUGAUCCUGCUGGCCGCUCUCGCCGGCUCCUCGCGGGCCAGUGAUGUGCUCGAGUUCACCGAUGAUGAUUUCGACUCUAGAAUUGGAGACCACGACCUGAUCCUGGUGGAGUUUUUCGCUCCUUGGUGUGGCCAUUGUAAACGGUUAGCACCUGAGUACGAAGCAGCAGCCACACGUCUGAAGGGCACCGUGGCUCUGGCCAAGGUUGACUGCACAGCGAACAGCAAUGUCUGCUCCAAGUAUGGAGUCAGUGGCUACCCAACCCUGAAGAUCUUCAGGGACGGAGAAGAGUCUGGUCCCUAUGAUGGGCCCCGAUCUGCAGAUGGGAUCGUCAGCUUCUUGAAGAAGCAGGCUGGCCCAGCUUCUGUGGAGCUCAAGACUGAAGCUGAUUUCGACAAGUUUGUUGCAGAUCGGGAUGCAAGUGUAAUUGGAUUCUUUGCUGAUGACAAGAGCACAGCGCAGGCAGAGUUCCAGAAGGCAGCCAGUGCACUGAGAGACAAUUACCGGUUUGCCCACACCAACUCCGAGGCUCUCCUCCAGCAACACGGCAUUGAUGGAGAGGGCAUCGUCUUGUUCCGCCCACCACGACUCAACAGCAAGUUUGAAGACGGCUCUGUCAAAUUCACCGAGGACAAAUUCACCAGCAACAAAAUCAAAAAAUUCAUUCAGGACAACAUCUUUGGAAUCUGUCCCCACAUGACGGACGACAACAAGGACCAGCUGAAAGGGAAAGACCUGCUGGUGGCUUAUUACGAUGUGGACUAUGACAAAAACCCCAAAGGCUCAAACUACUGGAGGAACAGAGUGAUGAAAGUAGCGAAAAGCUUCCUGGACCAAGGAAAGAAGCUCAACUUCGCCGUAGCCAGCAAGAACUCGUUCAGCCACGACUUGUCCGAGUUUGGAAUGAGCGGCAGCUCAGGAGAACUGCCUCUGGUGGCCAUCCGCUCCGCCAAGGGAGACAAGUUCGUCAUGUCGGAGGAGUUCUCGCGUGAUGGAAAGGCUCUGGAGCGCUUCCUGCAGGACUACUUUAAUGGGAAGGUGAAGCGUUACCUCAAGUCGGAGCCCAUCCCCGAGGACAACGACGGCCCGGUGAAGGUCGUCGUGGCCGAGAACUUCGACUCCAUCGUCAACGACGACAGCAAAGAUGUGCUGAUCGAGUUCUACGCUCCGUGGUGCGGACACUGCAAGAGCCUGGAGCCCAAAUACAAAGAGCUGGGAGAGAAGCUGGCCGACGAUCCCAACGUUGUCAUCGCCAAGAUGGACGCCACAGCCAACGACGUGCCGUCUCCAUACGAAGUCAGCGGUUUCCCGACGAUCUACUUCUCUCCGGCUGGACGCAAGAUGAACCCAAAGAGAUACGAGGGAGGUCGCGAGGUGGCCGACUUCGUCUCCUACCUGAAGAGGGAGGCCUCCAACCCCUUGGUCAUGCAGGAGGAGCCCAAGAAGAAGAAGAAGAAGGACAAGGUGGAUCUAUAAAAGCUCCACUCAUGAACUCGACAUCAUCCCACCUUCCCGCCCCCCCGAUAUGACAGGAUAAAGGAGGAUGAUUUGGGACGAAGAAGAACUAAAUUGUACCCCACUGUCUUAGUGAACAGCCGAAUGCUCUGAAGCCCGGGUCGAGAAUGCGUGGCGCCCCCUGUAGGUCCUCCUCAUGCUCUGGGAAUAUUGUGGAGAGGUGGGGAACUGGGUCUGCCCGAUGAUUCCAAACAAAUUUUUAGGGAAAGCGUGGGACAGCUUUUUGAAAGAUUGAGAUUUUUUUUGUUUCCCGUGGUCUACUACACCUCAAGCUGAUGCACUUUGGUUUGAUACCAGUUGCCGCUUAUCUGUCGCUUUGGUUUUUAUUGCCGUCAUCACAGGGGAUCAUGGUAAUGGUGAUUUUUUUUCUUUCUUUUUUGUUUUUUUUUUUUUUUUGUUUAUUUUUUUCUCGUAACACGUCUUUGUUUUUG